AUGCAGCUAAGAAGUCAGGAAAAUCCAAUACAUCCAUCCAUCACGAGAAGAGAGCCUUCAAACAUCAGACAGCAAAUCCAAUCCCUUACAUUAUUUACUCCGGAGCACAACGCCUGCGUCAACUCUCGCUCAAAGGAUUGCGGCUCAACGGGCGGGAUGGAGGAGAGACUCCGCAGGUCCCUCUUCGUUGUCAUUCCUCUAUUUUGCGUGGUAGUUUAUUAUUAUUUGUUCUCCCUUCGUUUUCUCUUCAAUAUUAUUACUGCAUAG